GUGUACGCAUCAACAUUGAUUUUUAAUUUUCCCACCUCCGACAAAUGUUUAAUUAUGUAAAAUGUAAAAGAGUUUAUUUUUAAAAUAAGAAGAUUUUUUUAUUGAAGUUUUAUUAAUAGUAAAAUAGGUAUUGAGAGAAUAUAAUUAGUUAAGUUUAAUGGAACUAGUUGAUAUUGUAAGUCUAAGACAAAAAAAGGUGCAGUGAAGUGGCGGCUGUGGACAUUCCCUAGGGAUUUUGAUUGGGGAUGGCUUCGAGCAUCCAACAAGUGGAAGGGGACGAGUCAGUUGUGCUGCGCGUGACUCAUUCCAAUCUCAAAACCUUCGCCUCCGACAUCCGCUUCUCGCUUCACCUCACCGUCGAAGCCGUCAAAGACAAGCUCUGGAAAAAAUGCGGCACCUCUGUCAACUCAAUGCACCUCCAACUCUACGACGACGCUCGCAACAAAAUUGCCGAUCUCUCUGAUCAUUCCAAACCCCUUGCCUUCUAUUCCCCUCUUGAUGGGUUUCGUUUGCAUGUUGUGGAUCUGGAUCCAUCUUCCGUCACAUCUGGUGGUUGGCUCGAAGAUACUUCGCUGGUCGAAAAAUACACUAUUUCUGAAGAAGCCUAUAAUAAGCGACCAGACACUUUCAGAAAAUAUAAGGAGAAAUUUACAUCCCAGAAUACUGUAACUGCGGAGGCAAAGAUACCAGAUGACUGUAUGGGAGAUCUCUCUGCUGAUAUCAAGGUAGGAUCCAGAUGUGAGGUUGAACCUGGGGCAAAAAGGGGUGUUGUAAAAUUUGUUGGCCGGGCAGAAUCACUGGGUCCUGGUUUCUGGGUUGGUGUCCAAUAUGACGAACCCUUGGGCAAACAUGAUGGCAUGGUCAAAGGAGUACGCUACUUCGAAUGCCCUCCAUCUCAUGGUGGAAUGGUUAGACCAGAGAAAGUGAAGGUCGGUGACUACCCUGAACGAGACCCCUUUGAAGAAGAUGAAAUAUGAGUCUUCGUGAGGAAGUUGCUUUCAACGUGGAGGGUUUCCCUUAUGUAAAUCAAACAUCUGUUUGGAAAACUUACAUUUGUUGACAUUUCAAGGCAGUGGAUUUGUCGAAGGGUUUGAUUGUGGCUUUUGAAUUGUUUGUGUUGUCUUUAGAAAAGAAAAGCUUGUGCAAUGUGAUAAACAUAAAUUGGAAGCUCAUUACAAUGGUAAAACGAGAACUAACUGGGUGGGAUUCUACUUUGGAGAACAUUAAGAUUUGUUUUUAGUAGAGACACCAAAAGGAAUUAUAUCAUUUUCAAAGUGCAUAUAAUUUGGUAAAUGCCAAUACACUAGCUUAGACUUGGUUACUCUGUGAA